AUGUCCUUCCAUGAAAGUGACUUCACUUCAUUGGCAUCACGCGAUAUUGCCGCCCAGCUAAGUGGAGAUGCACAACAAUACGUUAAUGAUCCUUCAUGUGAGGUGGCAUGGGCAUGUAAGGCUGCAGAACGGGCUAGUAUUCAUAUGAAUCUCUUGCUGGGAUGUAACACNGACAUGAACGUCGAAAGUAUCACAGAAAAAGAGUUAAAAGGUGAGAAUAAAGAGAAAUGGUUUACGUUUUGUGAUAAAUUCAAAGACUCAGUGGAGGAAUACAAUUUGGGUACAAUUCUUCGAAUGCGCGCAGAUGGUGCCUAUAGUGAGGCGAAUACCAUCAUUGUGCCUAAGAUAAUAUUCUUGGCAAUUGAAGCAGCUCGCAACAAAGAAGGUGUAAAUGAAAGAGCCAAAGAGGCGUAUCGAUCAGAGCAUGAACGAGUGAAUCGUGAAGGUGGCAAUAUCUGCUAG